AUGGGACGCUCAGUCGUUUGGAAUUAUUUCCAAAAAAAUGAGUAUGGUGCAGUUUGCGAAAUAAAAGGCUGUAAGAAGCAGUUACGGAGGAAAAAAGGUUCUGGAUCUACAAAACAGUUCUGGGAUCAUUUAAAACACUGCCACCACCUUAUUUACGAGACUUUACAAAAGGAUGAGAAAGCAGGGAAAAAUCCAAACGACAUGGAACGAAGAGAAUCAGAAAUGGAAAUGAUUGGACCCGGUCCUUCCCAAGUAUGCGAGCAAAUAACGUUAGAAGGGUGUUUGAAUAGAGGUUGUGAGAAAAAAUUACGAAAUGUCCCUUCCUUAAAAAUAACUGUGGAAUCGAAUAUGUUAUUUUCUUACAUCGAUGCAAAAGCCCUGAAAGAACUUUUAGAGAAGGCAUAUCCUGGAUCGAUCAUUACACUUUGGUUGAGUCGAGCGCGGGCUGAGGUUCGUGUUGGGAAGUCGCUUGGGCCGAGUAGAGUUCAGAUUAGCUCGGAGCUGAGUGGUACUGGGAGUUCAGUACGGAUUGGGCAUAAGGUUUUGCAGUUUUGGUGCUUUGAGCUAUGCCAUGCAUUUUUUUUGAACCUGGGCUGUCCAGAGCUCAGUAGUAAUUAUGUAUUUUGUGAGUCGCUUAUUCCUACAAAAGAUUUGAAGAGGUGCAUGUUCGGUACUGCAACGUUGUGGAGUGUUGAUGAAGGAAUGACGCUCUGA